AUGCCAGCUAGACCACCCACUCCUACUACUGUCCCUACUACAGGCGAAAACCAAGACCAUUCAAGCCCCUGUUCCUUGAGAUCAUGGACGAUCCCUAAGAUGGCCGCAGAGUUAAGACAUAGAGGGAUACAACCAGGGACCAGUACGCAGGACAAUAUUAACGACACCCUGAUUGGGAUUCAGGCCACGAUGAUGUCUAUCCUGUCAUCCAUUAACAAUCUGAAUCAGAGAAUGGAAAAGUUAGAAUCCCCAGAACCUGUUCCUGCUACUUCCCCAGACAUUCUACCUACACAAAUCAUUGACCAAACCGUUUCUCAGGAUUUUGUCACGGGUACACAAAUGGCACAGGGCUCCAACACACAUAUCAUCACACCACAUAGGCGUGCGCACGGGGUGUGCCGGGUGUAAUCCCUGCGGCACGCCUAUGUAUAUUGAGACCGGCAUGGGAGAUCUCAGGAUCUCCCCUGUCGGCUCAUGCAGAGCCGGCGCUAUCCAAGCGCUGGCUCUGCUCUCAGCCUCCCUCCCCACUGACCCACAUGCAGGGAGGGAGGCAGGAGAGGACCGGCGGAGCUAUUGCCGGCAGCUCCGCCGGGUUCCUCUCGCGAGAUAUGAGCGUUGCCACGGCAACGCUCAAAUCUCGCGAGAGUGAACUCUAGCCCCACAGGGGCACAGCACACACACACAGCACCCACAGCACACACACACAGCACCCACACACAUCACCCACACAGCACGCACACACAUACAGCACACACACAUACAGCACACACACAUACAGCACACACAGACAUACAGCACACACAGACAUACAGCACACACAUACAGCACCCACACAUACAGCACACAUACAGCACCCACAGACAUACAACACCCACAGACAUACAACACCCACACACAUACAGCACCCACACACAUACAACACCCACACAGCACCCACACACAUACAGCACACACACAUACAGCACACAUACAGCACCCACAGACAUACAGCACCCACAGACACACAGCACCCACACACAUACAGCACCCACAGACAUACACAGCACCAACACACACACAGCACCCUCACACACAGCACACAAACAGCACCCUCACACACAUACAGCACACUAACGGUACCCUCACAAACACAAACAGGACCCUAACAAACACACACACAGCACACUACCAGUACCCUCACACACAAACAGCACCCUCGCAUACAGUACAUUAACAGCACCCUCACAAGCACACACACACACAAACAGCACCCUCACACACAGUACAUUAACAGCAUCCUCACAAGCACGCACACACAAACACCCUCACCCACAUAGCACACUACCAGCACCGUCACACACACAUCACACUAACAGCACCCUCACACAGCACACACACACACUCAGCAGUGUGUGUAUGUGUAUAUAUGUGUAUGUAUAUACAUACAUACAUAUAUAUAUGCGGCGUGUGCUUGUGCUUUAGGGUGCACACCCUAAUGCAAUAGGCUGCGCACGCCUAUGUCACACCAGCACAUAUGGUCCCUCCCAAUAUCAACAAAAACAUACAGGAGGGAAAGGACAUAAACCUUAUGUCCUUACUAAUAGCAUAUCAAGACAUAGUAGAGAACAAAACAUACAAUUACGGUGACCUGUCAGUGGUGCUCAAAGCCAAAAAUCCCAGACUGAACAAAAAGUGUCCAUUCCAGACUUUGUACAAGCAUUCGGGUUAUAUAGAGACGUGAUAUGCUUCAAUUUCCCACAACAUAGAGAGGAACUGGACUUGUAUAUGCACAAGUUGGUAGAUCUGGGGAACAAGUACGGUGGUAUCAAUUUUUACGAUUACCACAAGUCAUUUUUGGUCAAGGCAGCAGCAACCUUUGCGCAGCUCAACAUCAGGAUAGACUGGAGUCACAUCGACACUGAAUUGUUCUGUCACCACUUUCCCGGGCUAGUACCACCGGUUGCAUGUCUGCUUCAUCUGUUUCCAAACCCAUGCAAAAAACAUGUGCCCAAACCGCCUCUUUCUCAGGAAGUGACUAACCGAAGUACAGGUCGACAUGUUAGCUUUCAAACUUAAUUCUCACCCUUCACAAUACUUAGUUAAAUUUCUAAUCACGGGUUUCACAGAGAGGUUCCACACUAGGUUAAUUGCACCCCCAGCAGGCACACUUGAAUGUCACAACCUGCAAUCAACCACAAUAGACCCAACGACAGUGGACAACCUGUAACGGAUAGAACUAGAGAAAGGGCUUAUACUUGGGCUAUUUCAAAUACCACCUUUCACUUGUUGGCAAACCAACCCCUUGGGUAUUGCAACCGAAAUACAAAAAUAAAAAAACAUUUGAUUAUAGAUUUUUUGGCUCCACACUCUGUUUUUGUUCCAAGCCUAAAUUCACUGAUACCUUAUGAGGAAUUUUCUUUGCAGUUUGCCACAGUAGACACGGCCACACAGGCAAUUUUGAAGGUUGGGGAAGAAGCUUGGCUGGGCAAAACCGAUAUCUCGAAUGCCUUCAAGCUGCUACCAAUACAUCUGUCACUGUGGAAUUUACAUGGAAAGAAAUGGAAAGGUCUUUAUUAUUCUUCAGCCCGGUUAACUUUUGGUGCCAAAAGUAGCCCCAAACUUUUCAAUCUGUUCGCAGAAACUCUGUGCUGGCCACUGCAGAACAUCAGCUGUUGUCCAGUGUUGGUCCAUUACUUGGAUGACUUUCUGACAGUAGAAAAUCCGAAUACCACCCCCCAGAGCACAGACAAGACAGUAGCUAUAUUUGCCACAUUGAGAGUACUGGUGGCUACCAAUAAAACAGUGAUUCGCACCACCAAACUGACGUUUCUAGAGAUAUAAUAGUGACAGAGUGAAAUACACAAUAAGUGGGUAUAUGUGUUAGCAAUACCUGCUAUAAACCACCUAAGUGGGAACCCCUUAUAUAACUCUAAAGAAAAAUCCAAAAUACAUACAAUAGGUGGAACACGUCUGAUGAUUCUACAAGAAAGGACAACAUAACCUGGUGUAAUAUUGCCAAUAUAAGGAAUAUACAGAUAAUUGUAGCUUUCAGGUACUCACAAACACAGAACCAAAUAUGAACAUAUGGCUCUCAUGGGUAGUGCAGAGGGACUCUAAAUAGGAUGACCCCAUCCCUCUUUCUGCUGGUCUCUAUGUAGCCCUUCAGGGGUCUGUGAUAAUGAAGAAAUAGGCUUUAUUAGGUCCAAUAAACACAAUAAAUAUGUGUACAAAAAACGAGUAAAAAAGACUGGAUAAAAGUAAAAAAGUCCAAUUAGGUUAAAAUAAAUCCAAUGUUGGCACAACCUGCUGGCUAGUAAGCCCGAUAUGCAUUUCACCCUAUGGUGGGGGCUUCCUCAGUCGGUGUAUGAUGGGGGAGCCUCCUCGGUGUCGUACGUUCCAAAUCAUGCGUCAUGCGCUCCAUUUCCAGGUCAUAUGACUUGCGUCAUUAGAACGCAUAGUCAGUGUCACUGGAACGCAUGUCGUAUUGUAAGAAAUUAUGACCCUCUUACAAGGAUAUUCUUUUAGGGAAUGUGUGACAAAUAAGACAUAAACACAAGUGUAUAAUAAAAUGUAUUAUAAAUAUUCAUUUAAGGAUACUGUUAGAUUUUAAAAGGAUAUACACAAUAUACAUUAUACAUUAUAUCCGGUACAUAAUCAAAAGCUACAUAAUAAAAAGGCAAUACUUAAACAUUUAAAUGCAGGUCUUCCCCUUGCGCCUUCAUCUUGGGUAAUCUGGGACAGCCUCUCUCAGUUCACCAUGGCCCUGCUUGCUGCGUUGUCCUCUCCAAAGAGAGAGAGAAAGAGAGAGCCUUCCUUGGUUGUUGUCCUUUUAAAGACUGAUUCUUGGAGUAAUAAACUACAAGUCCCAGAAUCCCUUUUCCCUCCCAAAAGUGGUUUAUCCCACCCUCUUUCUCCAGAGAGUUCUGUCUUUACACAAGUCUUUCCCUUUGAUCUCUUCCCUCCAGCUAUACUGUAAUGUUCUGAAAGAAGUGACCAGUUAGGGUUGGUUUCUGGGUUGGUUAGACUGCUUGGGAAAACACACACUUCCAUGGUUUCACCUAGAUGUCUAUUACUCUGAUCUCCUGAUAACAUGCAAGGAAUACUGGAGGGAUGUGAGCUUUUGUCUUAGCUGAGUGGUGUAAAAUGCAACUGAAAGCUUUGAUCCUUAUCACACUGUUAUCAAGUAAAUGACCCCAACUUGUGAAACCAGUCACAUACACAGAAAGUUAUAUACAAUAUUGCAGUUUGGAAUAUCAAUUUCUUACAGUAUGAUGUGUGCGUUCCCCUUGAAGUUCUAUUUGUCCACGGAAGUUGUGGUAUUAGGCUCUUGUGUUUGCAUAUACUCAGACAUAUAUGUAUUAAAUAAACGUAAUGGUAUUUGUACAAAUGGCACAUUAUUAGUAGGUAAAGGCCUUCCGUGGUAUAUAAAACAAACAGAAAAGUUGCUAUGUAUCUAAAUAGAAAGUGAUUAUAUAACUAGAUACCAUAUGUAUAAAAAGUGUAGAGUUGAUUUCUAUCUUUUUAUACAUAUGGUAUCUAGUAAUAUAUGUUACGUUUUUCCAAUAUGGAUAUAUGUUAUCCAAUCCCUCCUGGGCUCUCUGAACUUUGCCAUGAGGAUGAUCCCACAAGGUUGCACGUCUAUUUCAAGACUACUUAAGCUAUUGCCAAGUCAACCAAGCGACGACAGCAUAGUCACGUUGGAAGGACAGGCUAGAGCAGAUUUGAACAUGUGGCACCAAUUCUUGACACACGGGAAUGGCGUAAACAUGUUCAUCUUGCCCUUAACAGAAAACUCGCCUGUAUUAUGGACAGACGUGGUGGCACACUCAGGGUCCGCAGCCAUUUUUGGGUUCAUCAACUCUGCCAUCAUUCACCAUUACCUCUGCCCUUUUCUAAAUCUACCCAUAGUGGCUGCAGCCCUAGUGUGGAGCCGCAUUUGGAAAGGGAAGAUGAUAAAAUGAUGCACAGACAACACUGCAGCAUGCAAAAUUAUUACCAAAGGCAGAUCCUCUUCCCUGACUAUCAUGAGUCUCAUCAAGAGACUCACUUGGUUGGCAGCAACACAACAAUUUCACCUGAUUUGUGAGCACGUACCGGGUAAUCACAAUUUGGCAGCUGAUGCCCUCUCUCGUUCCAACCUGCAGGUUUUCUUUCAAGUUUAUCCCACGGCCAAGAGAGUCCCAAGCAGACAAUCACUAUUCAAGGAACUCAUCCUGGACUAAUGAUGCUAAUGGCACGUGGAAGAAUGCUAGCACCAGACGCUCAUCCAGCCGAGCUCUCACCAUCUUCAACAGGUUAAUUUAUGAAUACCAAAUAAAGGCCCUGAUUAUCUUGGAUACUAUGCUGGCCUUUGGCUCUUUUUGCCACCUAAAUCUAAAACUCGCACAUAAUACGAUAAAACUAUAUCUCACAGGUAUACUAUACCCCGUGGUAAACACAUACCCCAGUCACAGUAACUUUAUGUCAGGAAAACCCAAUAAAGAACAUCUUAAAAGGCAUCCUACGAUAAGAAGGUCACAAACCCAUAAAACGACAACCAAUAGACGGUAACAAGUUUAGAGUGUUAUCUGAUAUGUUGGAUAUUCAACCAUUCGAAACAAAAACAAACACUACGAGUCAAAAACAAAUCAAACAGAGCUGCCAGACGAAAUACAACUAUUUCCCACAGGCAACAAAUGGUGCCCAGUUCUAUUACUCAACCAAUUUCAUCUGACCCUUUUGUGUCAGGACAAUAGCUCUCCUCUAUUGAGCUUACACGGCAAACCACUGACAACAUCAAAAUGCAUGGUGUAGAUGAACGCUAUUUUCAAAAAUAGGUUGUGAUUUAUCAGCCUUCACAGGCCAUUCUUUCCAUGUAGGGGCAGAAACAGCAGCCUCUAGUAAAAACAUACCAGUGCACAUAAUCAAAAGAGUAGGAUGAUGGAAGUUAUCAUCAUAUAAUUGCUACAUACCCCAACCAGAAAAAGAACGUAGACUAGCAUUCAAAGAGUUAGGCAAGUAAUGAUUAUUACUCUGUGUUUCCACGGUUGUUAUUAAUGAUUACUUAUGUAUUAAAGUUUGCAAGAAAAUCUUUUUUUUGCCCUCUUUAUUUAAAGGCCUGCCUGAACAUCGGGUUCGGCACACCACAACCAACUUUAGUAUAUUUAUAGGUUAACGCUUACUCUGCUUUUUUCCCUGACCACAAAUCUAUGUCAUAUUUUUCUAUGUUAUUUUCAUUCCUGCCUACCUAUGAACAUCAUGCCUGAGACUCACAAUGAAACUUUGCCAGGUACAAGCACAGGCUGCAGAUAUAUGAAGUGUUUUAAUGGUCUGGAGUGUCCCUUUAAGAUUUGUUUUCAUACACACUGGUGAAAAGGUUGAAAAACGCUAAUAUAGAGGACUUUAAAUGCAGGUAUGUUUUUGCGGUGAACUUUAAGCAGUAGCCCUGACUUUGAAGAGUGGUUUGUUGGACAUUCUCCUAAUCAUUGACUCUUGUGUGUUUACUGAGAUUUGAAACCAGUUAAAGGUGGUUUGGUGUUCCAUAGAGUUUCAAUAUAUAUAAGUGAGGCUUAAAUCCAUCUUCAGCAGAUUAUUUCUCUACUAGCUGGUUUCAGUGGGCUUUGUUCUCUGUAUCCUUCUACAUAGAAGGAUGAAGUUCGCUAUUUUAUUAAUAGCUUUCAUUCAGGUGCUCUGCUGUAGGGCUGGUAGAAAACAGACAGAAGAAACUCCACUGACCUCUCCUGCUUGCAAUGACCCUGAAGUAGAACUCGCUGCAGAUUUGUCUAUUGACGAGUUAAAUGAUUUCCGAGAAGACGGCUUUGUCUUGGGGAUAAAGCGCAUUUCCAAUGUGCAGGAACAUAAUGAGGUAAAAAUAAAAAUACAAUGAGAAAAUAUGAAAAGCAUGAUAUUUUAUAAUAAUUACAAUUCAGAUUUAAUUAAUAUAUAAUUAAUGUGAUUAUAUUAAAGCAACUAUGGGGAAAAAUAUGAAUAUGCAUUAUAAAAAAAAUGAUAGAUUUACUUUAUAUUUAUUAUAUAAAACAAUUAUAUUUCUUGCUAAAUAUUUUAUAGCCAAAUACCCUCAUAAUAUAUUUAUUUUUAUUUUCUGGUACUAUUAAAUAUGAAAGUGACAAUGAUUCCUUAUAUUUAAUGUUAUCAAUUUAUAGACACAUAAAUAAAUAUAAGACUUAGAAGACUGAUAGUACAGAAGCCCAUAGAGGACAUGUAUGUUUAAUAUUUUUAUUCUUACUUGUAGUGGAGCUCUACAAUGUAAUUGCAUGACUAGAAUAUCUUAACAAAAGUUUUUCCAAUUGAGCUAUCUUACAUUAUGAUCUGCGUUCAAACAUAAAAUGUAUUUGUUUAUUUUAAAUGGACACUCCACUACCCAAAUAUAAAGUAAAAUAAAAAUCACAAUUUUGUAGAUAUACCCCCAAUUACAUUUCUUUAUUGGGUGUAUAUUUACAAACAGCUUGCAAAUACUGCAGUUCUCAUUUCUGCAGUGUAUGCAAGCCCUCCCCUUCUAACUCCGUCCACACUUUCUGUGGCUGUCCAAUCACAGUCUUCCCAAUGCAGCUCAAUGAGGAAUCUUUACAAGACAGAUGCUCUGAGCAAUUGUCUGCCUCCUGAAUUUAGCUUCACUGAGCUAAACAACCAGGAAGUAUGAUAUUUGUUUUGAAUAAGUUUAUUGGUGCAUAGGAAAAGCAGUCAUCCCACGCAGGGGAGACAAAUGUAUCAUAAUAAGCUUUUCGACAUAGGCAUAUGCCACAGAGUGCAUUUUAUAUUGAAUGAGAACAGUCAAAGCCUAGUAAGGCAGAAAGGUUAAAUUAUGUGAACACAAGUAACAUAACUAAGGUUAAGCAAAUGUCAUAUUGCAUAUCCGUUCCAACAUUAGCAAGAAGAGAUCAUUCUCUGCAUCUUAUUUUUCAGUCAGCUUAUGUUAGCAGUACAAUGUUUAGCUAAAUCUGAACCGAGGUAUUUGCACUGUUGUCUACGCUGAAUUAUAACGGGUCCAGUUAGAUAAUGUUUUAUGCCUAUUCUCAACUUUAUUUGAUUAAACAAUACGCAGCAACCCAUUAGUGAGUCCCCAUAUGCUGGCAGGGGGAGAUUAACCUAUGGUAUAACACAAGGGCUCAUCAUUAGGAAAUCAGAGAAAGGGUUAGUAUUUCACUCUGAGAUGUUAACAUGACAUUCAAUGAUUAGGUAAUGGGGGAUUAGGGGCUUAAUUGGUUGCUGUAUAACUUCCUCUCCCCACAUUUAACAGGGUAGUAUGUUGUAAGUCUUUAAUUCGUGCCCUCAGGUAAGAGGUAAUCAAUGUCCCUAAGAUUGGACCCACAAAAUCUGUACGUGCGUGGUUACAAACACAUCUAGAAAAUAAGCACUGAAUGGUUAAACUGUAAGCUGGUUGAAAUAAAAAAAUAAAAAAAAUAAAAAAAAUAAAAACCCUAACCCCAUAUGAUCUUUGUAAAAGCACAAUUUUUUUGUAUCAGCUACUGCGCAGACAUACGGGUAUCCUUAACGUAUGUUUUGUCUGCGUGUGCUACAAAUAUAAGAUUAUCUAAGAAAUUGUGACCUUAAACUGAAGCUCAUAUGAACACUGCUGCAUGGGCAGUGUAUGCAAGACUAGAAAAAUAUAUUAAGCAGGCAGCAUUAUAGCAUGAACAUAUUACCCACAGGUGACGGCACUUCAGUCUCAGCAGGGCACAGUCCAAGGGUCGCGGCAUCCGGCCAGUGGGCCCCAAGGACACCACAGCGGCAUCCCGCCUGGCCCCCCCACCCACAUACAUCGCCUCCGGGGCCCCAUUUCAACCACGGGUGUUGUAUCCACAGGACAGCUUCUGAUGGCAAGGCAGGGCUGUUGUAGGCCGUUAAGUUCAGGGUGCGCGUUAAUCCUGUAGCGUAGGCAAUAAUCGUCCCUGAAUUUUGAGUGUAGAUAUCUGGCGGGCCGCAGUUGGCAGCCAGUGCCUGUGCAGGAGGUCAGCGAGCACCCCGGGUGGUUGCGUCCACCCCAGGGCGUGCAGCCUCCAUGUAGCCGGGAUUACCCCCUCCGGCCGGGGGGGGGCGGGGCCGCAGCUCUCACCCGUGUAAAUCUCCCCCAGUGUCUGCAUAGCUGGUGUGCUUGUACCUCGGGCCUUGCAAUCAGGCAUCUGUUCUCUAUCUGCAGCUGUCCUCAUGCAGGCUUAUGCAGGUGUGUAGGCCGGGUUCAUCAGUCUCGGUGUUCCCUGUGAAUUUUUGGCCGUAGUCUGGUAUCAUAUGGGUGCUUGGGUAGUACCCCAUUGUAAUGCAGCAUGUAAUCCGGCCCUGGGGCAAGUUGUGAGAAAGUUUUAUGCCGUUGUUUAGGGCUUAAGCUCGGAGCCACAGUGUUCUGCUGCCAUGCUGCUUGGCGGCCCGCCCCCGCCCCCGAAGUAUGAUAUUUGUAUAACAUUUUACUAACAUAUUUUCAAUAUUUUUGUAUAGUUGCAUUGUUGCAUAGUGUAUGUUUUGCAUGUAAGGGAUUUACCAAAACCGUAUAUUUUAACAAAGCAAAAUAUUCUGAAAAAAACAACCCUGAUAGACUUAAAAAAGAGGCUUAAGCCUAUCAAAAGAAGUUUAGAAACGAUUUAGAGGAAACGUGCAUUGGACAGUGUGUGUCUGGAAGUGUGUAUCAGAUGUGCCUCUGAACGUGUACAUUUGGCAGUGUGUGUCUGUGUGUGUUGGCAGUGUUUAUCAGUAUCUGUGUAUUUGGCAAUGCUUACCUCUGCAUGUGUGUCUAUGAGUGUAUAUUUGUGUCUGUAAGUAUGCAUGGAAUGCAUAUCUGUGUGUGUGCUUGUAAAUGAUUAUUAUAUCAUGGUAUAUUUCAUUAUUUAUAUAUUUUAACAUGUAUCACAGGAGGGUAAAGGUACAGUAUAUUACCUGACACUGGAUGUGUAUGAAACAGAAUGUCAUGUGCAGAGCAAGGAACACUGGAAGGAUUGUAAGCCCAAACCGAGGCAUGAAGCUGUAAGUACAUUAACAACUUUUACUAAAUAUUACGUUUUAUAUCACCUAAAGCAACAAUGCUAACAUGAAAGUUUAUUUGAAAAUAUAUCAGCUUACAUUGAGAAAUAGAGAAAUGGAUAUCUGCAUUUUAAAGAAAUUUGAUGCUUGGAUCCUUGAUAAACAAGUGGUCAAUACUAUAAAAAGUAUGUUUUUGAAUUUUUUUUCUGCCCUAUGCAUAUGGAUAAAGACAACUGGUGCCUGAAAAAAAAUUAAAUGAAAUAUUUAACACUAUGAUACAUUGAGCGCCAGCCCUGCAAAAUUGUAUGACCCCAUGGCCUGACCCAGAGGACUUGGUGGCCUUAUUGCAAAUCCAGCCCUGGCUGCCCUGCUAGUAAUUACCUUCGGGGUCCUUACAAAUACCUAUAAGCAAUACAUUUGACUAUUUUUUAAACUAUUUUUGUCAAACCUACGGUAUGUGAGAAGACUUGCAUCUUUUCUUUUGUACUAAUAUUUCAGAAUGCUCUCUAAAGCUAUUCAUUUCCCCCAAAAAAUGUAUCCAAAUAUAAUUUUUUUUGUUUGUCUACAACAGGGAUUUGCAACCUUCAGCACUCCAGAUGUUUUGGACUACAUCCCCCGUAAUGCUCUUACACCCGUAAUGCUGUCAAAGCAUCAUGGGAGGUGUAGUACAAAACAUCUGAAGUGCCGAAGGUUGCCUAUGCUAGGUCUUCAAUCUAUAUACACAAUUUCUGCGUUAUGAUAUGAUUAUAUGCCAGCUGUGCAUCCAAUACUUUAAAAACAUCUUAUGGUAAUAUGUUUCAGUCACGUGCUCUGUAGUGAAGGGAUCAAUACACAGAAUUUUACUUACUUUAACAUUUUUGGAGUUAUAUAAACCUAUCCUUUAUUUAUUUACUGUGAGUUUUUUUUUGUAGGUUUCUGGAGAGUGCAGAGUGAUAUUUCAUGUAGAUAAACCACAGGAAAUUGCCAACCUGAUCAAAUAUGACUGCACGUUGACACCAGGUAUGCACUAACAACAAUAAGGACUGAUACUGAAAUCAUAAACUAUUUUGUUCUAUUUUGUAUCCUGUAUUAUUGGUCACAUAAGCUCAGUAUGGAUGUAUACUUCCUUGAGACAGUUAAGUCUAAAAAAUAAAGUGUUGCUUUAUUUAGUGCAUAGCAGAGAGCACAGAAGUGCCAAGAUUUCAGCUAACACUUUAUCAAGCCUUGGCACUUCAUAUUUUGGAGACUACUGGACCAUUUUUCCAUGGAUUUAAUUAAAGGACACUAUAGGAUCAGGAACACAAGCAUGUAUUCCUGGCCCAAUACUGUUGAAAUCACGAUCUAGCCCCCCCCGACCUCCCUUGCCACUGCCCCGUGCCCUUUGUCCCCUAAAAUCCUACCUUUAUUUUCAGCUUGCUGCUGUUCGCUCUGCUAUGGCUGGCCUACUUUUGCCUACUUGGCUGGCAUCAUCAGAAGUGGUGUUCUGAGCGUCUCCAUAGGAAAGCAUUGGAUUGACUGAGCUUGUCAAGGAGGCAGAUCAGGGGCAGAGCCAGCACAAGCCAAUCACAGCCCUGGUCAAUCAGCACCUCCUCAUAGAGAUACAUUAAAUCAAUGCAUCCCUGUGAGGAAAGUUCAGUGUCUCCAUGUAGAGGGUGGAGACACUUAAUGGCUAUCCUGCACACUGUGAGCACUGCGCUAGGAAGCACCUGUAGUAGCCAUAUGAGAAGUGGCCAGUAGAGGUUUGCCUUGGCUACAUUGUAAACACUGACUUUUCUAAAAAUAAAAAUAGUGUCUACCGCAAAAAGCCUGAAGGGAAUGAUUCUACUCACCAGAACAAAUACAAUAAGCUGUAGUUGCUCUGGUGAUUACAGUGUCACUUUAAUGGAGUUUUUUUUACAACACUUAAUCUUUUUCUAUUGUAAUUGGUAUAUUAAGUCAAAAAUCCAAAGUAAAUUAACUCUUAGUUAUCCACUAAACUGAGGAUUGCAGAGAUGUAUUAAUAGAAUUGCAAAUUUAAGGCCAAACUAGAUUAGCUGAAAAAACAGUGGAGUGCUGUCAAGGUCAAUAUUUCGUAGCUGUCAUAACUGACACAAAUACAUAAAGACACAUAUAGAAUAAAUGCAGAAAAGGCAGAGUGGUAGGAACAUUUGCAGUCGCAGGGGUCCGCAGGGCGGCCGAGCACUCUGGAGUGACGGGUGACCCUGGUAGUUCCGCCACUGGUUCCAGGGCAUUCCUGGCACCAUAACAACUAUAUGUUAUUGUUAUUAUGCUUGCAGUAUUCCUUUAAUACGUAGAUGUGUAUUGAUAUAAUUUUCUAAUAAUUAUGCAUUUCACAAAAUAAUUCAUUCAUUGGUAAUGCUAACCUUUGCUUUUUAUCUGCCAGCUAAUGAACCUUUUCCAUGUCUUGGUUGUCCCAUGACACGUCCAUUGAAUGACACCAGAUUUCACAGUGUUGCAAACAAAGGGCUUAAGAAAUUUAACAAGGACAACAACUUUGACAAUUUUUUUGCUCUUGGCAAUAUCACAAAAGGUACAAUUCAGGUAAGAACACACAUAUAGACAUACAAAAUAAUAGAUAAUGGAGCAAUAGCCAUUUCAUACAUAUAUGUGUCCUUAAAGGGAAACUCUAAGCACCAAAUCCACUACAUCUUAAAAGGUUACUCCAGGCACCAUUAACACUUUAGGGCUUGAGUCUCUAAAUGCAGAAUUUGCAUAUGAAACACUGCACAUAAGGAGUUUAACUUUUAAAUUGCUUAAUUGCUUAAAAUUUUUUUUUUUGUCUUCAUUUGGAUCAACAUCAGUAAUACAGACAUAUGAAAUGUUGAACUUAAUGCUGAGCUUAAAUAACUUGAGUCUUUAUUCAACCUAUGUAAUUAUGUAACUAUGCAAAUAUAUGUGUGUGUGUGUAUAUAUAUAUAUAUAUAUAUAUAUAUAUAUAUAUAUAUAUAUAUAUAUAUGAAUAAAUAAUUACAUUUAAGUAUAUUUUCUCACCCCUCCUGGGUGGUAUAUAUUCUACCAAAGGCUUGGGAGUCUUAAGAUUCUGCACAGUAUCUUAGCUGUUCCUAGAACUUUCUCUUCUGGACAGCGAUCUCAGAUGUCCCAUCUGGAAUCUGUUGAAGCCACUCCACUAACUUAAGUCAUAUAUAUGUAUUUGAAUACUUACAUAAUUACAUAUAUAUGUGUGUUUGUAUAGAAUGUCAUAACAUUUUCAUUUAUAAACCUUUACUUUUGGAUGGUGUUAUUGGAAGGUGGUGGCUGGAGCUAUCUACAAGGUGGAAUUUUUAAUUCACGAGUCUAACUGUAACAAAUCCACAUCUUCUGGAGAUCCGGACCUCUGCCCACCCUCAGAUUCUGAAUCUGCAGUAAGUGUAAAUUGUUUUUUUUGUUUGUUUUUUUUAUGAGAGAAAAAUAUAAGCAGGAAGCAGGUGGUUCAGAAUUGUUUAACUUAUGUACUAUAGCUUGAUACAUAGGGAUAUAUUCAAGAUGCAAGAUAAAUUGUUUAAUUUUAUGUUAAAUUAGUUUGAUCUCACAUGUACUUUAUGAACUCAAUACUGCUUGAGACUUCUCAUUUUCUUUAUUGCUUGUAUUUGCUUUAUUCUAAAUAAGUGGCAGACCACAUAGAAUAAAUCGGUAAACGAGAUACAAUACAUAUUUUUAUGUAAUAUAAUAGGUUAUGAAUAAAGAGGAAUUUGGGUGGCAUCUUUGGAGCAAUCAGCUGGAGUAUCCUGACGGUUCCCAUGGCAAUUACUCAGCUUUCUGAAUACUGCUCCAGAAUUGCUACGUAUAUAGUACAUACACUGAUUAGGCACAAUAGUAAAACCACUGAGAGGUGAAGAGAAUAACGUUGAUAAUAUUGUUAUAAUGGCACCUUUCAAGAGGUGGGAUUUACUAGAAAGCAAGUGAACAGUCAGUUCUUGAAAAAUGGGCAAGUGAAAAGAUCUGAGUGACUUUGACAAGGGCCAAAUGGUGAUGGCUAGAUGACUGGGUCAGAGCAUCUCCAAAAUGUCAAGUCUUGUGGGUUGUUCCCAGUGUGCAGCGGUAAGUACCUACUAAAAGUGGUGCAUAGUAGGACAAACAGUGAACCAGCAUCAAGAUCAUGGCUGCCUUAGACUCAUUGAAGCAUGUGGGGUGCAAAGGCUAUCCCGUCUGGUCUGAUCACAGAGAAGAGCUACUGUAGUUCAAAUUGCUGAAAAACUUAAAGCUGGCCAUGAUAGAAGGUGCCAGAAUACAGAAUGCAUCAUUUUACACGUAACUCCUACCUAGAGAUUGUUACAGAUCAUAUACAUGUGUUCAUUGAUGGCAGUGGCCUCUUUCAGCAGGGUAAUGCACCCUGCCACACUACAAAAAUUGCUCAGGAAUUGGUUUGAGGAAUGUGACAAAGAGUUCAAGGUGUUGCUUUAGCCUAAAAUUUCACCAGGUCUCAAUCUCAUUGAGCACAUAUAGAAUGUGAUGUAACAACAAAUCUGAUCCAAUGAGGCCCCAACUGGUAACUUGUAGGAUCUACAAGAUCUGCUGCUAAUAUCAGAUACCAUAGGACAUGUUCACAGAUCUUGUAGAGUCCAUGCUUUGAGACAUCAGUGCUGUCUGGACAGGUUGAGGGGGAGCUAUACGAUAUUAGGCAGGUGGUGGCUAAAUAGUGUAUAUCAGUGUAUAUCCAGGAUUCUUCCAAACAUUAACACAUGGAAUGCUUGCAUUUUCAAGUGUUGUUUUAGUGUAAGCAUGUUGAAACAAAUGAUUAUCCCCAUCCUAUUAUUUAUAGAUUAAAUUACUUAAAUACAUCUCUGAUCAAUUUACAAAAAUGCAUUUUAUAUAUAAAGGAGUUUUCAGAAAUUAAAAGUCCACCAUUUAGUACAGCCAAGCACGUACAAUAACAGCAAAAUAGUCAUUUGUGUAUAGUCUGUGCUCAUGGGUACCUAUAUGUAAAAUAAUCAACAGAACAAUAGGUUAUUUAAUAAUGAAUUAUUUGCAAAAAAAAGUGUGAUCUAUAUACUUGGUGAAUGAGGCUUUUAAAUUCAAUAGUGUGUUCUGACUGUUCUGGCUUUUUAAAUGUUUUUUUACAUGUAAUGAAACUAUUUGAAAUAUGAAUAUUGAGUUAUUUAUUUUUUUAGAAAAUUUCCAAUUUUUGUCUUAAAGAGCAACUAUAAUGGGUCAGAGUCUAUUGUUAUCUACCCAACUGUUGCUCAAACUAACUUGCCUGUUGCUGCAAGCGCAUACAAUGCAAACACACCAGCAAGCAUGUAAGAUUGAGGAGCAGUUGGCCACGUAACAUCUGACCCAACAUGGCUGCUGAGCCAGAUAAAAAGUUAAAUAUAAAACAUUUAAAAAGUUUAAUCAAAUGUAAUAAAUGUCUAAAAAACGAGAAGUAAAAAUUUGAUCACAAUUGUAUUUUAACAAUAAGAAAAAUAUGGUGGUCAACAGUUAGAAACACAACUGAAUUAAAAAGCCUCACAUUAAAUAUAAAGUUAAUGAAACUAUGUUGUAAAAUAGGGUUAAUUUACUAGUAAUGAACUAUCUGAACUUUCUUUUCCCAGCAUACUGGCUACUGCAAGAGCAAAGGAAUAUCGCAUUUUAGCCGCCCAGCUGAUCCAGUUGUGACAAUCACCUGCAAAGUAUUUGAACCUGAGGUGGAGAAAUAAUUUUACUAGUUUUUGGGAUAUUAAAAUAAUACUGUUUCCUACCUCUCAAUGUUGGGUUGCAUAAAAUUGUGAUCGGAGUAAGCUAGACUGGGGGUACACUAGUAAUGUGACGUGCAAUGGGAACAGGCCAGAAGUGGUCAAAGGAGAAAAGAGUAGCAACACCAUGGUAAAACAAGCCAAUGUUCUGAUAAAGUGGUCAGAAAAGUCAAUACAAGUCAAAAGUAGUAUUACAGACCAAGGUAUUAUAUAGUCCUUUUGUCUGAGGUCAUUAGAACAGCACCAGAACAUCAUAGGUUACUUACACUGAGAUGGCAUUAUGGAAAUAAGGACUAUGAGAUGGCAAACGUGCUACCCUCAUUAUUUGUGCACUCCUCAAUAGCACAGUAAGAUGUUCAGGGAGAAGAAGCAACAGGGGCUGCUAUCACAAAACUACAUCUGUUCUCUCAUGUUGUUUGGCAUAGUCAGGUACCAAUGUUAAAUUAAUUACCGUACUCUGAUUAAAUGAAUACGAGGGGGCAUGUCAUUACCUGUAUACAGAGGGGUUUACUCAGUGAUCGCAUAUCCUCUUAAGGACAAGCAGUAAGUGAAUGGUCACUUCAAGCACCAUACCCACUAUAUCAGGGGGAGGCAACCUACGGCACUAGUGCCAUGCAUGGCACUCAAGGUGCCUUUGUACGGCACUCAAGGCUGCUAGAGCCAAACCGGUUCUGGCCUUUCAGGAGUCCCAGUAAAACAUCAGAUAUCUGCUAAUAUGAAGAGGUGGUGAAGGACAAUCCUCAAUUUAUGCAUUGCAGCACGUAGAGGAAGUGAUCUCAGAGCACUUCAUUCCAGCACUUGUGAAUGGGAAUCCACACAGUAUUAGAGCAGCUCGCAGUUGUUGUUGCAGCUCUUGUCCUUGACCUGUACCUGGCUGUCCUGGUCCCCACUGGAACCCAGGGAAGCCACCCACACUGCUAGAUAAACACACAAAUGCAGAAUAACCCUCCCCUCAUACAAAUAAUACGGACAGCCCACACACAAACAUACACACAAUCCGCACAAACGCAACACCACUAACAAUCCACAUACAUGCACACAACCCCACAUGCAGCCUCUCACAUGCAAUACCCCAAACAGCCCCCACACACUACCAAACACACAAGGUGACAUAUCCAUCCACACACACAAUUCCACAAGCAGCCCCCAUUCAUAUGUAUCAUACACGAUACCAUAAACUACUAAUGAACAUAAACAAUAUAAUAGCUCAUAUACGCACAAAUACAACAAUACAAAGCAAUUACAGUAAAGAUAACACAAGCAGAAUACGGCAGCAUACACACCUCAAUUUAAAAAAAAAAUAGGACCGGCAUGCUACGGGACAUCACAAUCCUAUAUCGGCACAGUGCUGCUAAAAGGUUGCCUACCCCUGCACUAUAUUGUGCCCUAGUGGCUAUGCUGUGUGUCUCUUUCUCCCCUUCCCAACCCCUCUGUGUCUCUUUCUCUCCCAGCCUCUCUAUGUCCCUCAACCCAGCCCCUGUCUGUCUAUUUUCCCCUUCCCUAGUCUCAAUCUGUCUCUUUUGCUCUUUCCCCAGCCACUUUGUGUCUUUUUGUGUACCCACUGCUCUUCUGGGUGUCUCCCCCAAACUCCUAUCUUUUUUGCCUUUUCCCCUGUCUGUCUAUUUUGCCCCAGACAGCCCACUUUGUAUUUCUCUUCGGGGGGGUAUUUUACUCCUUCAGCCCCUCCAUGUGUCUCAUUCCCCCCCCAGCUCCUACUCUCCUCUAGCUGUAGUGAAGAUAGGGAGUAGAACCAGCAAGAAGAAAGAAGUCAAACUGUUCUAAAAUGGGUUGACUUCUUACAAAGAAAAAGGGGUGUCAGGACCAUGCUGGCACAAAAAUGUACAAAUGGAAAAAAAAUCUUUGAAAAAUAUUACAAAUAUUAGAUCACAUGUAAUUCAAGUAAGAUAAACCUACAAAGUAGUAUUUUAAUAUUAGUCCUGUGCAAAGAAUGUUUUACUAAUGGUCCUUUGGCAUACAACUGAUUCUUAAAACUGAUUCUUUGAACUGUAUCAAAAGUUAUACAAUAUUGUAAUCUAAUAUUUUUAUUGAUAAUUCCCUGAUUUACUUGUCCUCUAAAGGAUCACUCAUAACCACUAUGGUACUAAGAGUGUCUUGGUGCUCCACCACUGUAAGAGGAUAAACCAUUUUAGAGCAUACAGCAGAGCCGGAAGUUCUCUGUCUGAGCUAAGCAAUUUACAGGCACAGCUUAGACCAUUGGCUGAGAACUAUAAUCUAAUUCUCUCAGCCAAUGAGAUGGCCCUACAUGGAUUAGCUCAGGGAAGCUAACAGAAGCUACUGUAGAUGAGAGAGAAGCAGCACCCAGAACUCCACGUGUAAGACUGUGACUACUUACAAGGGGGAAUGGGCACUUGGCUCAUAUGGGCAGCAUGACCCUAACUACUAAAGUAUGCUUUAGUGGUUAUGGUUUUUUGAGUAUUACUUUAAUUCCCAUAUUUAGGUAUUCUAAUGUCCUAUAAUUGGCUUCUUCUAUGUUAUCAUGCCAAAGCAUCACACAUUAAUAGGGUUACCAAAUUCACUAUGUUUUCAGGGACACAUAUUACAUAUGCAUUUUAACAGGCAGCACAUGACAAGGGUUGCCCUGUAGUAUGUAGAAUUCAGAAGAAGGUAUACAAGAUGCAGUAAUUCGGCAAUGAAGGACCUCCAAAAUAUGUUUAAUACAUACUGGCUUUUUUUUCCCCCUUUUCAUGCGUUUUCAUAAAUAUGGCAAAAUUAUAUGUGUCUCUGAAAACAUGCUGGAUAUAUUAACUCUAUAUAUAAAAGCUUGUUAGUCUAAGCUCUUAGGUUAAUCACCACCAAAUCCAUACUCUGUGAUUGUAUUUUUAUAUUACUAUUGUUCAUGUACCUUCUUUCUGUAUUGAAGAGCACUGUAAAAAUAAUUUAAAUGUAUCUGUAUUCUAGACUGACUCUAGUGAAGAUAAACCUGAUCUUCCUGGAAAACAUCAUCAUGGAAAGAAUGGAGAGCACCAUGGAAAGAAGCAUGGACACUCUCAUCACAAACAUGGUCAUGAACAUGGUCACAAACAUGGUCAUAAACAUGGGCACAAGCAUGGACAUAAACAUGGACACAAACAUGGACACAAGCAUGGCCAUAAACAUGAUCAUGACCACAGUGGAAGUCAUGAACAUCACCAGAGGCAUAAUAGCUCCCAAGUGCAUGUGGGAUGUGCUCGGCCACAGUCUCCUUAUGGCAGAAUUACAUAUGUAGCUAUAGAAUCUACAUCUUCUCCCGAGCUUCAAGAGAAAGGGAGAAAAAUUUUCUCAUCUAGAUCCAAUUCACCAGGACAAGGAAGUCCUUUCUCUCCACCAAAUCUUUGUAGACCAACCCAACCAUUUAUCCGGCGUUUUCCUGAACAGGCCUCCACAUCUGACCAAUGCCCGGGAAAGGACACAAAUUUCCCACAAGAAGGCUCAGUUGCGCCAAAUGUAUCUCCUUCUCAAGAGCCGGAGGCAAGCCCAUCAGAUAAGCCAAUAUCCAUUCCUAAGUAA